GUGGUUCAUCCUCAGAGAUGCUCAUAGCGCAAAGAGUAACAACACGAAUAGGGUGAGACUCGCGCUGGGAAGAGAACACACAAUAGCCUGCCAACCGUUGCCUCGCUGAAAAGAACAGCUGCGCUUGAAUUAUUAAACCGAAACAAACAGAUUAAAUCAUUUAAGUCACAUCAUCAAAAAAUCUGUCGCUAUUCGCUGUCAAGGAGAUAUACCUAGAGGACGGAUUGGUGGGUAGGGUAGGCUUAUAGAGUGCGAGUGCUGGAAUAAACCGAAGCGCGGACCGUUUCAGCACCUUGGACAGAGCACGCGAGCAAACGGGAACAUGGCUCCGAUGGUAACGGAAGAAACGCAGUUCGUGGAGGUGCCAGUGAGUGUUGCAGUGGUGAGUGUGUUUGGCCUCGUCUCCUGCGUCUCCCUCUUCGCCUGGAUCUGCUGCCAGCGUAAAAACACCAAGCCACAGACGACACCACCCUACAAAUUUGUGCACAUGCUCAAAGGCGUCGACAUCUACCCCGAGAGUCUUAGCGCCAAGAAGAAGUUUGCUGCCACCGCCAAUGAAAGCAAGACCGACGUGAACGGAAACUGCAACGCCAACAGCAACAACGUUAAACAACAAAGACAACAGCAAGCGGCCUCCAGUCCAGCAGGGGGCAGAACGCCCCUUCACCUGGACCUGGAGAAACAACGUGACCUGAACGGCAACUUCACCUCCACCACCAAACCUCCACACUCCAACCCCCAGACCCACGCCAAGGUCCGCAGCUCCCCAGAUCUGGACAUUCCCUCCCCCCACCCAGGGUUCACCCAGCCUGGGGUUCCCUCCCCCACAACCAUUACCACCGCCAAUAGCCUCUCCGGCCAGACCCCAAUCCCCACCCAGGGUGCCGCUGACCAAGACAAACCCCAGGACGGAGGCCCUGACGUGGGCCUCGGGACCCUUCACUUCUCCCUGGAAUACAACUCAGAGAAGAAGGCCUUCGUGGUUCACAUCAAGGAGGCCCACGGGCUGACCCCGACCGACGAGCAGUCCCUGACCUCUGACCCCUACAUUAAGCUGACCCUGCUGCCGGAGAAGAAGCACCGGGUCAAGACUCGCGUCCUGAGGAAGACUCUGGACCCGGCGUUUGACGAGACCUUCAGUUUCUACGGGAUCCCAUUGGUCCGUGUGCAGGAGCUGUCCCUCCACUUCAUGGUGCUCAGCUUCGAUAGGUUCUCCCGUGAUGAGGUCAUUGGCGAGACUCUCGUCCCAUUGGCCGAGAUCAACCUGGCGGAGGGGCGUGUCCUCAUGAGCCGUGAGAUCAUAAAGAGGAAUGUCAGGUGUUCCCCCAACCCUGUGUUCAACCAGCUGUUUGUGUUUGACGUGUCCUCCCAGGAGAGGCUGAGGGAGACCAGCGUGGAGCUCCUCCUAAUGGACUCUGAGUCUCCACCAACCAGGAGGGGGGACUCCACCCGCUCCCCCAACCCAGUCCUGGGGCGCCUGGUCCUGGGUAACGCCGCCUCCGGCACCCCUGGAGAGCACUGGAGGGAGAUCUGCGACCAUCCGCGCCGGCAGAUCGCCAAGUGGCAUGCCCUGUCCGAGGACUAGGGUUUUAGGGUUGUGAUGGCGUAAGGGCAUUGCCUAGAAACCAGGCGUUGCCUAGAAACCGGCAGGUUAACCAACCAACGCCCAAGGAACUGUUGCUAAGUGAAAAGGGGUAUGGGUUUGGGAGGGGGGGGGGGUCAUUCUAAGUGAUGUCAUUAAUCAGUCAGUCAUUCAGUCAAUUUAUUGAUCGUUGAAGUCAUUAGGGUUUGGUGACCGAGGAACCCGAUCGCUCGUCUACGAUUCCAAAACCCCCGGUAAUGAAAUUCUAUCUCCAUGGCAACAACAACCGAUCAUCACGGGCAACUGUGUGCAGUGCAGAACGCCCCAGUAACUGUCGCUAACGCUCUUCUUCUGCUAUUGUUACUAUAAAUAUUACUCCAAAAUAACUAAACCUGUUAAUAUUACUACUGCUGUAUAAAGACAUGAAUUUUCAACCCUUUAUUUUCUAAAGAUGCUAUCUAUUAUUUAUCAAAUGUUUUAUUUAUUUAUUUGUUGGUUUUUGUACUCUUCUGGUUGAGUUCCUGACUAUGUUUUGUAAGUAAAAGUGGUAUUUCAUAUCAUUGCAUCAGAGGGGCGAGAAAAUCCUAAAUGAGGUGACAAGAACGAAGCUUGGAGUGCAUUAAGGACAAUGUGCGUGUGCACGUGUGUGUGCGUGUGUGUGUGUGCGUUUAGGUCAGAGGGGAUGAGAGGCAGUGUGUAUUCUGUCUUCUUUACUGUGAGCACAAAGUCAGCAGGAAAUGUACCUUACUAUAAAACAUGUUCCGAGAAAACCGCC